AUCCAAUCGUGAAAUUGCGCGCGGCCAGGGCUGAUGAAUUGGAUCGUCGUCAUUUGGAUGUUUGGAGUUCCGUCGGCAUUUCACUCUCAACAUGGUCUCCUUACGAGAAGACUCCGGUUGGAGGAGUCGCGUUCCGGAGCUGCCACCGUUGACCGCACCACGAACUACAAGAUAGUACAAGGCAGGGAAGGGCGGCUAUGAUGGAUGAUGGUUCCUUGGUCUUGCCUGAACUUGCGUAUGCGGCAGGGCAUCCCAGGGGAUUGUGGUUUCUUUUUCACACUAUGUUGGUGCAAGCAAGUUCACACACAAACAUACAAUACCGUAGAAAUACAGCCUCCAGCAGCAUCCUCGCAGUUACAUGGCCCUGACAUGGGGCCACAAUGCUGCCUGGUAGCACCCAAAGCACAAACAUAAUACCUUUUAGUCGUUACAUGGAGCAAUAUUGCAACGUCGACGAGUACUUCCUGCGAGAGGGUGGCAGAAAGGCAGAAAACAAAAUCGAGGCAAAAGAAAGAAAGAGCGAAAUUUGUGUAGGCGCGUCGAAUAGGAGCCACAGAAUAAAAGUACAUAUGUAGGACUCGUACCCUCCGAUGUACGCACAUAUCGAUGUAGAAGGAGAGGUUGUUCUGUCUGUGGAGCAAAUAAAAAUCGACGAAAACGUGCCUCAGCACACACUACGGACGCAGGCACACCCUCCAACGAGCGAACGAACCGGAGCAUAAUCUUGGGAACUUGAUUACAAUUCGUUGAUCGCCGCCUGCUGCUGCUAAGACUAAGGCACCGGAGCUGAAGGGGAUGAAAACGCAGGAGGCUAUGAGGCCAUAUCGAAUUGGAAUUGGAUAACACAGAUCCAGGCAGGCGCUGCCGCCGCCGUUCGGUUGUUACUUGCAGCAGACGCCGCCGUUGUCGACGAGAAGUUUCGAAAUCCAAGCGAAAAGAAGGAAACAAAAGAAAAAAGUUCAACCGAACGGUUGGGAAACUCGCACUAAAAAGCAUAUUAGCACUUUGCAGAUCCAAAAAAAAACGAAAAGAUGUUGAAAAUAAGCCAAGUGAAGCGAAACAGAACACAGGGAGAGAGAGAUAGAGUGAGGCAAACAAGUACAAGCGCUAACGAAAAUAACAAGAGCGCAUAUGCAAGCAUUAAAACAUUGGGAUUAACAUAAAAAGAUAUCAUAUAAAUUGUUGUUUUAUUUUUCUCUUAUCAAUUAUUUUGCUCCUCUUCCAGUCAUUCCGGGGCGGGUGGAUGGUGGUGGUGUCCGCUACAGCAGCAGCAACAACAACACAGACGCUUCAGUGGAUUAACCCUUGUCGGUGGGGUGGAGGAACGUAUCCAAAUUGAAGCGACUAAGUGGAUAAAGAGAGGACGAUAUACCAUUUACUAUAUAGAUACAGCGAGCGUGAGCCUGAAAUAAAGAAAAAAAAUGAGGCUGUCGUGAGCAAAUGUUUCUGCAGUUUAAUGUGCGUGGAAAAUGCAUCAGGGUCACCAAACUUGCCGUGCAUUCUGUGCAAUGGGUAAUUAUACCAUUUAUAUGGUAAUGUGGUCACAUCCCAUAGCUCUCUCUCCCACUAGCAAUCGUUGGGAUUGCACAGAAUUUGACAUUACUUGUGGCAUUUGCGAUUGAAUCAUACCAAACAGACGAAGAAAGCUGAACUUUUUCUUAUAUCCAGUUUUCUCUUUAUUAUGUUAAUUGCUUUGCAGUGAUCAUAGUGGUUUUACUAACCUCUAACAGUUUUGAACUAACCUAUGGGUCCUGUCACUCAAUUAACUGUAUACAAAAAAGUAAAAUUCAAAGUUGACUUUUUCUGAUGAUGCUCAAAUUUAGCGGAGCUGUUUAUAGUAUCGAAACAUGCAAUAAUCCGGAAUUCCACUCCUUCUUUUUUAGCACCACCCCAAAGUUAACAUUGACUUUCCCGAUUUUGGCGUAAGUUUUGUAUAAACACCAAAAACAGUAUUUUAAAUACGAAUUUUAGAUUACUAUUGAACGAAUUUCUGUUAACUUGUUUUCACAGCGCAGUCAGAACGUGCCAUAUGAUCACAUAAACAUCAAUAACGUGAUCGUGCUAACUUGUCGCAUCUGCCAUUUCGACCUUCCGAGAAAAACGCAUUGACAUUUUGUUUGGCUGAAGUUAUAACUAAAAAUGUUUAUAUUAAAAAAGUUAUAACUAAAAAUGUCUAAACGCAUUUUUAUCACUUUUGAGUUAUCGAUGCAGUUUGGUCGAAAUCGCAUGCGAUUUCAGAAAAAAAAACAAACAUAUCCAGUAUUUUGUUCUUGCAGCAAGUUGCAGGGUUUGAAAAAGCACGUGUAGCGACCCUAAGUCGCUUACCUACUAUACAUAGACUACAGUUAUUGUUUGUCAUGAACAAUGUCAAGUUCACGACAACGGUAAAUGGUCUAGCACACGCGGUGUGUUAUACAAAACAUUCAGGUAGCGGUAACGCUUGACACCUGAUGUUUUGUAUAACAUUUUUCGACCACGACCUAGGGCACUGGUAGAUCACAGUUCAGUGAUCUUAGUAUUUAACGGCCUGAGCUUGUUCAGUCGGGGUGUCUUUUUGUAUUGUGCAGUCAUUAGUCAGUGUUCCUUAUGCUUGUGCUCUGUUAUCAGUUGUGCAGCUAAAUAGUCUUGUGCUUGGGUUUGUGCUUGUGCUUGUGUCAGUCAGUACUCAUGUCAAUGUAAUAAAUAAAAGCAGUUAAAAUCAAUGUGCAAGUGUUAUCUUAACCAGUGCAUAAUAUCACAGUUAUCCCGCUCGGACACUCGGUCCGAUACAUCUGGUGACAGCGGAAACUAACCGCUAGGAAAAAGGAAAACGCCAUUUCUGACUGACUUAAGUAAUAAUUGUUACAGCACUCGAUUUUGAUUAGAAGAUACAAGGAAGCAAAAGUGUGGGUGUAUUACUCGUGAAUUCUAGAACCACGCAGAACUGAGUAUUGUUUGUGACCGUUUUUCGUGAAUUUGUGUGUUGCUGUUUCGACGACUUUGACGAUUUCAUCCGUAAGCGAGGCAGGCCACCACGAGAGGAUGAUCAUCAUUCUACUGAUAACAUGGUGAGUACCUUUUAGUUUUAAGUUCUGUUUUUUUUGUGAAAAAAGUAAUAUUGUUUGAUGAUUUGAUGGAGAAGUCAGUACUUCAAAGCUAUUUCGUUGAGUAAAAGUGUUUGAAUAAAAUGUUCAUUGUUAUGCAUCACUUAUAAAUUUCAAUUUUAAAUUAUAAAAUAACAAAAUGGUGUUUGAUCUGAAAGAGGCAGUAAUUUGCAUUCCAAAAUUUGAUGGAUCUCAUAACCAUCUACAAAAUUUUAUUGCAUUUAUAGACCUUUUUGCACAAGGUAAUGAAAAUAAUGUCAACCUUCAUUGGGAACAUCAACUACUUGUAGUAGUUCGCAUGAAGUUUCAUGGGAAAGCGCUAGAUAAAGCUGACAAUAUAAUUAAAGAAACUUGGAAUGAAACCAAACUAGCUUUGAGAAAUGCCUUUGAAGAAAAAUUAAGUAUUGAGCAGAUUAUCAUGGAAGUUUAUAGUUUAAAGCAAUUGUAUCAUGAAUCUUUUGAAGAUUAUAAAGAGAGGGCUGACAAAAUUCAUGCUUCUAUUAAAAAGCUUGGGAAUAACGUCUAUGCAAAUAGACAAUUUAAAUCAAAUUUUAUCUCAGGUUUGAGAGAUUACAAUGUUGUGAAACUUGCAGCAAAUAUCCAAGCUGAUGAUUAUGAAGACUUAGUUGCAGAAUUAGUCAAAAAGUGCAGAUAUAUUGAAGCAAUUAAUACCAGUUCAGCAAUGAAACAAAAUUAUACAAAUAACAAUUACGAUGAUGCAAUUCGUUAUCACUCAGAUGAUUUUAACGGUGGAUGUACAUCAUUUAACAAACGCCAUUAUAACUAUAGCUCUAAUUCAAACUCAAACAGUAGACCAUAUUAUCAUGGGAGGAAAAACAACAAAUUUCAAAAUUUUGAAAAUCGCCCACAAUGGCAAGACAGAAACCAGUCUCAAAAUUUUAAUGAUAGCAAUUUUAAUAACCAGACUAAUGGUUCAGACUGGUUUGAUAACAGAAAUGCUAAUUUCAGUCAACAAGAAAUGGACAAUCAGAAUAAUUUACUAAAUUAUUCAGAUAAUUGUUCAGUUUUUGUAACAGAAGAGUCAGAACUAGUGCAUAGUUUUGAAGAUUUUAAUCAAAAUUAUGAGUCUAAAAAUGUAAUAGAUAUUUCAAAUUCAAAUUACGAUGAGCACAUCGAACUUGCUGAAAAUAGUGAAAAUUUGAGUAUUGUGCUAACUACUGCGGCAUGGAAAGGUGACAAUUUAUUUGAAGAAAAUACUGCAGAUGAACCAACUACACACAGUGAAAUCGAAGUACAAGUUUUGAAUGUUAAUGAAGAGUUAGAUCAGUUGACCCAAAUAAAUGAAAUAAAUGAUGAUGUUGCAACUACGUCUGAUUAUUUUAAAGAAGAAUAUAAUAAAUCAGAUGACAAAGAAAUUAUUUAUGAUUUAACAAAGAUUUAUGCUGAGAUUAACGAUUCAAACAUAAUUAUUCCUCAAUGGAUAUUUAAUCAGAAAACGACUGAGGAAAUUCAAAAUGGAGUUCAUCAAGAACAAGUUGUUGUAUUGAAAUUUGAUCCUAUAAAAGAUACCGUUUUUGAAAGCCAGUAUAAUCCAAAAGAUGCCAAUGAGAUCCUAGAAAGUGAUAUUGCAUGGGUUGAAACAACGAACCCGAUUGCAUUAGAACAAGUUAGAACGUUUAAAACAUUAAAACAAUAUCACACAGAUAAAUUCAACUCUCGGUCGAUAUCAUCAUUGAAUGAUGGUGAUAGAAAAGAGAACUCAAAUUCAAUUGAAGAAAUUAAACCAUUUAUUUUGAACAGUCAAAAUGUAUUGCAAUCAUCACAAAAGCUUGAAGAUUUUAAAAGAUUUCGUAUGAAAGGAAGCUAAAUAUGUUUUUGAUAAUUUGGACUGGACACAUUAUCGAAGAAUGUCGAAUGAAAAUUGAAAUGAAAAGGAUAUUUAUUUUAAAAAGAAGUGAUUGAUUAAACAUAAUGGUCGCUCAAGUGCAGUGCUCUUUAUAACUUUAUUCAUGAGUGUGGACUCUUAUUAUCACGUUCACAAAAUGGUUUUAAAAAAAAUUAAAUCCGUAUUGUAGUAACUCACCCGCAUAAUGAAAUAUGCCUUUAACGGUGCACAUCAACCAGAGCUUAUGCACCCAAAUUUUUAUUACAGACAUUUUAGUAUCUUCAAAACUACGUUUACUAUUGCAAUAUUUUGUUAUUCAUCCCCUAAAGUACUGUCCACAAAUCAAUUUACAACAAAGUUUGACUAAUUUUACAAUGCCGUUAUUGCAGGAUUGGGUCCGUAAGUUUGGCAAAUUUGAAACAAGAAGACAACAACUUCCUUUGUUGCUGUGCACCCUUAAAGAUUUGCCUAUCGAUGGUUUCAUCAUUAGGUUUAAUCCUCUACUCAAAAAAAAAAGUUAGCAAAAUGCUCUUCAAAGUAUAUUUUUACUUGAUGACACACACGCUAAUAAUGUGUACGCUGUCAAUGAAAACGAUUACGAUGUAAAUUCGUUUAGUACUUUUAAGAAGAAUUUGAGUUUUAUCAUGUUAAAAAAAUAAAAAUAAUAUUUAAAAAAACAUUGCAUUUUAUACUAAUAUGCUUGCAUGCGAGAAUUUCCCUUUGCUUGAGACUUUUCUUUUCAGCACACCUACUACCAACUUUUCGGGGUCAUAGGGGGAAUGAUCGGUCGGAUCAUUUAUGUAAGUAUAUAAAUUGAAUGAUGCCAGUAAAUGAUUCGGACUAUUCUAUUCACCAAAAUUUAAUAUCAUUCAAUUUAAACCUGUAUGCAUGCAAGAUGAAUGUAAGAGGUCUGUGAGAAGAACGAUAAAUAAAAUGAAUGAAAAAAAAAAUAUAAGUAUGGUUUGAAAAUAACCAAUCAUUUUGUUUAUAAAAUAUUAAAAAAAAAACAAAUUGAGAGUCAAUCAAAAUUAAAUGCCGCCUAGCAAAUAAAAUAUGGGACUUAGCCAAUUCGUAGAGAUAAUCAUUAUAUUUAAAUAAUCAUUAUAUUUAAAAAAAAAUCUGCAAAUUAAAAAAAAUGGCAAUUCAAAGUAUAAAAACAAAAAAAAACUUAGGGUUUAGAAUUUUGAGCCAGUCCUUAGAGAGCAGAAUCCACUCUGCUAGGGAGCAGAGGUAACUUCAAACUUCAACAUCCGCAAUCAAUGACGCUGGGGUCUUCAAGAUAGGACAACGAAGGGUCCUUGGCGUUACUCCAGAUGAUGAAAAUUGGUGAUCUUCAAUGUUACUCAAUGUUGUAUGGUGUUACCAUGGAUGUUGACGAAGCUGAUGGUCUAAACUGUGGCAAGGAGAAUGGCAAGAUGAGAGAUCGAUGGAAUCUCGUUGGAAAGACAAAUGUAUACGGUAUCAACAUACGAUUUAAACGACGGCGACUGGGAGAUGAUGCUCCUAGAUUGCGCCUUAUGCAUUAAUAACCGGAGUGUUAUUAGCGGCUUAGCAAUGAACUUAGAUUGCAUUUAUUUUGGCAAUGGUUGCCUGAACCAUAUUUUUGGCAGUGUUUGCCUUGACAGAAUUGAUCUAAUGAACUAAUGGAAGUUCAAUCAUACCGUAUCAAGCCAACGAGAUACGAAAAGUUUAACAAGAGAUGGCAUCAACAACAGAUUGAACACUUAACAGCGAAAAGUCAACGGUUGGAACAACAGAGUCAAUAUCGUCAACACAGCCCAGACGUACAUCAUCGAAGCAGCCAGGACAACCGUGAUUAUCCCCGAAGACACCCCAGAGUCAUAACGCGAGACGGAAGACAUCCAAGAAGACAUCCCUGAGGUAGCAAGGACCAACGUAAAGUUAGGAAAAAUUAUAAUAUUUUACCAAAAACUUACAACUAUCUACUUGAAA